UCUUGAUGAUAAUCAAUAGUAAUGUUGUUACAAUAUAUACUAUACAAGACAUCAACCAAUUAAUAAAAAAGAACUUCAAUUUGACUCCGCUUAUUGGGAAUCAUCGUGUCAAUCUCUCUUGAGUUUUAUUCAAAGUGAAGGCCUUACGAAAAUUAGAAAAAGGAUUAUGUUUUUGGAUAUAUCCUCCCCCAAAUUGCGUCAAUUACGAACCCUAGAAUUGAAUUCCCUUCCUCUUUCAGAUCUUCGAUUUCUCUACUUAUUCUUCUUUCGCAUUUUCCAUUUUCUCUAUCUAACGAGCUCCAUUAUCAGAUUCACGAGUCAAUUAGAUUUGGCUACCACAUUUUUGUGGAUUGUUGUGCCAUUGUCGCAAAUGAUACGUGGUUAAUUACAUUAUUCCGCAUAGCUGCCAUAUUAGUUAUUGAAGGUUUAGUUUCCCUAGGAAGUUGAUGAUUGAUGAAAGUCAAUACAUACUGCAAUCUAGUGUUGGUUAUGUUGGUAAAGCAUUGCGGGGGUGUAUCAUGUACGAGAUAUGCCAGGGACUGAAGGGAGCAUUUGAAUUUGCUGCUUACUACUACUAUUAUUACUAAUAUUAUCCAAAAGGGAGAGAUGUUGUGAUGGUUAUUGUGGUAUAUGAAUGCUGCUGCAGCAACUAGGAGAGGAUGUUUUGUUGGUCUUAAACACUGAAGUUGGCCAGUAGAGAGUGUGCCUGAUGUAAUGCCACGUCCUGUUAAGGCCAAGCCAGUGGAUAUGUUGGAAACUGUACAGGAGAUUUGUAUCUAUGUUCAUAGGUUUCACAAUCUUGACCUUUUUAAGCAGGGAUGGUAUCAGAUUAAGAUUACUAUGAGAUGGGAGGACUGUGAAAAUACAUCUUUCGGAAUUCCAGCUAGAGUUGUUCAAUAUGAAGCUCCUGAUCUGGAUCCUAGCAGUAUAAAUGGUGUAUGGAGGAUUGAUGAUACAGACAACAGCUUCUCCACACCGACCUUUCGUAUAAAAUACGCUAGGCAGGAUAUUCAUUUAUAUAUGAUGAUCUCAUUCAACUUAUCGCAUAGGUUGGAAAAAUACAAACUAGAUUUAACAACUGCUGUUAUUUUAAAGUUUGAGCUUAUGUAUGCCCCCACAUUUGAGAAUGGUGCUGACUUGCAAGGUUCUGUGGAUGUUUCCCCUGCUGCUACUCAUGAGUUUCGAAUUCCUCCUAAAGCUCUUUUAGGAUUGCAUUCGUAUUGUCCCGUUCAUUUUGAUGCUCUACAUGCAGUGCUUGUUGACGUAAGUGUACAUGUCAGUCUACUGACAGCGUCCUCUUACUCGUCUGCAUCAAAGGUGCCCAGCAAUUCUGCCAACACUGAAGUCAUUGUUAAUAAAAAUUAUGACACGUUGAAUAAGGGCUUUGGUGGAGUCGCUUCUCUAGAUGUGAAAAAUGUCAUCCUUGUUAAAACAUUAUUAACUGCUCGUGGUAUAUUGCUUGAAGAACUACAAAUAAUUAGCGAAGCAGUUGCUGAAGCUAUAGAUAUUUCAGAGUUUGUGUCAAAAAUGAAUAAUAUGAAGUUAUUAAAGUCUCUACUGCAAGCAAAUCCGUUUGCAAUAGAUGUUGAAGAUUUAGGACAAGGCAAGCCACAAAAUGGUUUUGAGGGAGGAAAUGGUGCUCCAGAUUUUCUGGAUGUCGAAAUGCUCCAUUCCAUCUCUCAGAAUGAACUGUUGGACUGUUUUCAUUUAUUGGGAAAUCAAUUGUUCUAUUUAUGGAACAUAUUUUUAAAGUUCCACAGGGGUAACAAAACAAAGAUUCUAGAAUUUUUACGUGAUGCAUGGGCUAAUGAUCGGAAAGCUGAGUGGUCAAUAUGGAUGGUGUACUCUAAAGUAGAGAUGCCUCAUCAUUAUAUAAAUAGUGAGAGUGAUGAGUCUUCUCAUCGGGGUGUACACAGAAGAGUUUCCAGUUUGUGGAAGUUACCUGAUGAGCCUCUUCAGACUGCGGCUACACGUGCCGAACUUCAUAGAAGGAGCAUUGCACAAAUGCAGAUUAACAACCGUUCAAUUCAAGACAUGCAUAUAUUCGGAGAUCCUUUGCGUAUACCAAUUGUGAUUGUUGAACAUGUGAUUAAUGCACCAAGACGUAGUACCAGUGAAACUUCCUUGGCCAGACAUAUCGGAUUUGUAGAUUCACAUGAUCUCAGCCCUGAUACUAUAGGCAAGAAGUCUGCACCACAAAGUAAUGCUCGUGUGUUGAAGAUUGUUGUCUUUGUGCAUGGGUUUCAGGGGCAUCAUCUGGAUCUACGACUUGUCCGGAAUCAAUGGCUUUUGAUAGAUCCCACGAUAGAAUUUCUUAUGUCAGAGGUUAAUGAAGAUAAAACUUCUGAAGACUUCAGAGAAAUGGGACAUAGGCUAGCUCAGGAAGUUAUUUCCUUUCUUAAAAGCAAAAUGGACAAAGCAUCAAGAUAUGGGAAUUUGGGAGAUAUUAGGCUAAGUUUUGUUGGACAUUCCAUUGGUAACCUCAUCAUAAGAACAGCAAUAGCAGAUAGCAUGAUGGAGCCAUUUCUAAGACACCUACAUACAUAUGUUUCAGUAUCUGGUCCACACUUGGGAUAUCUUUAUAGUUCAAACUCAUUGUUUAAUUCUGGAUUGUGGUUUUUGAAGAAGCUAAAAGGCACACAGUGCAUUCAUCAGCUCACCUUCACAGAUGAUCCAGAUUUCCAAAAUACGUUCCUUUAUAAACUGUGUAAGCAGAAGACCUUGGAACAUUUUAGGAAUAUUAUACUGCUAUCUUCCCCUCAGGAUGGUUAUGUACCUUACCAUUCUGCUAGAAUUGAAUCAUGCCAGGCUGCUUCACAUGACACUUCAAAGAAGGGUAAACUGUUCCUAGAGAUGCUGAAUGAUUGUUUGGACCAAAUCCGUGCCAACCCCUCCCAUCGUCGAGUUUUCAUGCGCUGUGAUGUCAACUUUGAUGCCUCUGCCUAUGGCAAGAAUUUGGAUUCAUACAUUGGGCGGGCUGCACAUGUUGAAUUUCUGGAUUCUGACAUUUUUGCGAGGUUCAUAAUGUGGUCUUUCCCUGAUUUAUUUCGAUAGCAGCUGCUGUGAUUUGCCUUCUCUGCAUUCAGGUGUUUCAAAGCCUUCAGCCAUAAGUUCUCACCCAUGUAUUAGGAUUAGCUUCAGAGACUAAGAUUGCUCAGAUUUCAGUUGCUACACAUUAUUUGCCUUCUCUGCAUUCAAAUAAUGGGUUGGCAGGUGCAUAUAGACGUCUGAGUUGUAUAUUUAGUUGCCUUCAAGAUGUUGAUUUGGAAAACAGUUGUAUACAUGACUUUAGGGAGGGCCAAGGAAAUAUAGUGAUGUAAUAUUUUAGGUUAGGUAGAUCACUACAUAUUUAAUGUUAAUGCUUUUACGCAAUUAAUAUCAAAGCCUUUAA